ACGGAAACAACAAUACCACGCGAUGCCAACUUGUAGUGCGUAUAAUUGCUCGUACAAACAUACGAAUAGAAAAAACUCAGGGAAAACUGUUCAUCUUUUUCCAUUUAGCAGACCUGAAAUUUUGAAAAGGUGGAUACUUAAUGUACGAAGGAAGGAUUGGUAUCCAAGUAGGAGAAGCGUUCUUUGCAGCGACCAUUUUGAACCAGAUGCAUUUGAUAGAUCUGGCCUCAUAGUUCGAAUGAAACCUGAUGCUGUUCCUACAAUAUUUGCUUUUCCGCCUCAUCUAGUAAAAGAAUGCAAAAAGAGAAAAUCUCAGGAAUCCAAAAAGAAAAAACUUCAGGAAUGCAAAGAGAGAAAACCUCAGGAAUGCGAGAAGCUAAUAUCUCCUCCAAAACAUGAUUUACAGAUUCUUUCACCACCCAUUUUUUCUCAUCAGCAGCAAGACUUGAAUGACCAUUUGUACAGUGCCAGUCCGCUAGAGCUGGAGAGAAAACUGGAAAAUGUCAUCCGUCGAAGAAAAUUAAAAGCAGAACAACAGCGCAUUAGACGGUUGCGAAAAAGAGAAGAGCAAAUAUUGAAGGACGGUGCAGCUUCAAUAUCGAAAGACUGUGCAGCUUCAAUAUCGAAGGACAGUGCGGCUUCAAUAUCGAAAGACCGUGCGGCUUCAAUAUCGAAGGACCGUGCAGCUUCAAUAUCGAAGGACGGUGCGGCUGCAAUAUCGAAGGACCGUGCAGCUUCAAUAUCGAAGGACGGUGCGGCUGCAAUAUCGAAGGACCGUGCAGCUUCAAUAUCGAAAGACCAUGCAGCUUCAAUAUCGAAGGACGGUGCGGCUUCAAUAUCGAAGGACCGUGCAGCUUCAAUAUCGAAGGAAAGCUUUCCUGGUGUUCCCUAUGAAUUGCUCAUUAGAAGAACAUAG